CCUGUGUCAUUUUAUUCCUAUGAUGUUUCAGGUAGAGGCUACAAUUGAAUAUAUAUGUCGGAAUGAAGGUAGUGGAGCAAUUCUUGUAUUUCUCACUGGCUGGGAUGAAAUCUCUAAACUACUUGACAAACUUAAAGGAAAUAACUUACUCGGAGACCCUCACAAGUUUUUGAUCCUUCCUUUACAUGGUUCAAUGCCAACUGCCAACCAAUGCGAAAUAUUUGAUCGUCCUCCUCCAAACAAGAGGAAAAUUGUUCUGGCAACAAAUAUUGCUGAGAGUAGCAUCACCAUAGAUGACGUUGUGUAUGUCAUAGACUGUGGCAAAGCGAAGGAGACCAGCUAUGAUGCUCUAAAUAAGCUUGCCUGCUUGUUGCCAUCAUGGAUUUCAAAGGCUUCAGCUCAUCAGAGACGUGGACGAGCUGGUCGAGUGCAACCUGGAGUUUGUUAUAGGUUAUACCCAAAACUGGUCCAUGAAGCAAUGCCUCAAUACCAGUUAGCUGAAAUCCUCCGAACACCUUUGCAAGAGUUGUGCCUUCAUAUUAAAAGUUUGCGGCUUGGAACUGUGGCAUCAUUUUUAGAAAAGGCACUUCAACCACCAGAUCCUUUAGCUGUUAAGAAUGCUAUUGAACUUCUUAAAACAGUUGGGGCAUUAGAUGAACACGAGGAGCUCACUCCACUGGGUCGCCAUCUUUGUAACAUACCUUUGGACCCAAACAUGGGAAAGAUGCUUCUCAUGGGCUCUAUCUUUCAGUGCCUCAAUCCUGCCUUAAUUAUUGCUGCUGCUCUUGCUUACCGCAACCCAUUUGUCUUACCCAUAAACAGAAAAGAGGAAGCCGAUGCGGCAAAGCAAUCUUUUGCUGGUGAUUCUUGCAGUGAUCACAUAGCCCUUCUCAAAGCUUUUGAGGGAUGGAAGGAUGCAAAACGAAGUGGGAAUGAGAAGCAGUUUUGUUGGGAUAAUUUUCUGUCCCCUGUAACCUUGCGGUUGAUUGAUGAUAUGAGGAUGCAGUUUCUCAAUUUAUUAUCUGACAUUGGAUUUGUUGACAAGUCCAGGGGACCUAAUGCUUACAACCAGUACAGUCACGAUUUGGAGAUGGUUUGUGCAAUUCUUUGUGCCGGGCUCUACCCCAAUGUUGUGCAGUGCAAAAGAAGAGGGAAAAGGACAGCAUUUUACACUAAAGAAGUAGGGAAGGUUGACAUCCAUCCUGCUUCUGUUAAUGCUGGGGUUCAUCUCUUUCCUCUGCCGUACAUUGUGUAUAGUGAAAAGGUGAAAACAACCAGCAUCUAUAUUAGAGACUCUACGAAUAUUUCAGAUUAUGCCCUACUUCUAUUUGGUGGUAAUCUAGUCCCCAGCAAAAGUGGUGAGGGCAUUGACAUGCUUGGAGGUUACCUUCAUUUCUCUGCUUCAAAAAGUGUUAUCGAGUUAAUAAGGAAAUUACGUGGGGAGCUUGACAAGCUUCUGAACAGAAAAAUUGAAGAACCUGGAUUUGACGUUUCUUCAGAAGGAAGGGGUGUGGUUGCCGCUGCUGUUGAGUUACUGCAUAGUCAAGUCAUUAGAUAAUUUCCUUUUCCAGGGCUAAAUCAUGCUGUUCUGAGUCCUGGCAUUCAUUAAAUAUAAAUUUUUGCGAUUUUGGUAAAGUUUUUAUUGAUUGAUAGCAUUGGAAUUUAUCUAGAAUAUUUAUGUGCAAUGUCUGAUUUCUUUGGUUAAAAGGAAGAUAAUGAUGGGAAUAAGUUUACCCAACCAAGGUUUUGUCUAAA